AUGGCGAAUGAAGAAAGUAAUAGCAGUUCCAGAAUUCAUGAACAUGAACAACUAUACGAUGUUUUUCUCAGUUAUAGAGGACAGGAUACCCGAAGGAGCUUCACGGGUAAUCUGUUUAAUGCUUUGCGCAGCAAGAGAUUCAAAACCUUCAUGGAGGAUAACAACAGCCUCAAGAGUGGAUACAAAAUUUCAACCUCUACUCUCAGAGUAUUGGAAAGACAGAGGAAUAACCUACUGGUUUUCCCAAUCUUUUAUGAUGUUGAGCCUUCUGUUGUAAGACACCAAAUACAUAGUUAUGGCGAAAGCCUUGCUGGUCAUGAACAUAGACAUGGAUUGGAGAAGGUGCAAAUAUGGAGGUCAGCUUUGCGUGAAGUCGCCAGCUUACGGGAAUGGAAUUUCAGAAACCGGUGUCUAGAAAAGUGCGAAUAUGAAAUAAUUCAAGAGGCCGUGGAAUGGGUUUCCAGAAUUAUGCCCCGCUACGAUGUUUUUCUUAGUUAUAAGGAAGAAGAUACCCGCUACUCUUUUUGUGGUUAUCUCUACAAUGCUUUAAAUCAGGAGGGAUUCAAAAUCUUCAUGAAUGAUAAUGGAUGUAAAGAGAAGGGGGCCCAAAGUUCACAUUCUCUUGUUACAACAACACUUGAAAAAUCAAGGCUUUCAAUCAUCAUUCUCUCUAAAAACUUUGCGUAUUCUUCCUCGUGUCUUGAUGAACUUGUCACCAUCCUUGAAUUUGUGAAAAACAACAACCAAUUACUAGUUUGGCCUAUUUUUUACAAAGUGGAACCAACAGACAUUAGACAUCAGAAAAAUAGUUAUGAAAAAGCUAUGAAUGAACAUGAAGAUAAAUAUGGAAAGGACUCAGAGAAGGUGAAAAUUUGGCGAUCGGCUUUGUUUGAAGUAGCAAACUUAAAAGGAUGGCACCUCAAAUACGGGUACGAAUAUGAGCUUAUUGAAAAAAUUGUGGAAACGGCCAUUAAAUUUUGA